AUGACAGUAACGUACACGGCAUGUGUGGCGAACGCGCGCUUCUGCGGCUUCUCCAAGCUACUGCUGGCCUGGAAGGGGAGCAUCUAUAAAGUUCUCUACAAGGAGUUUCUGGCUUUUUUUGCCAUGUACACUGCUAUCAGCAUCACGUACAGAUUCUUUCUUACGGAUGAGCAGAAGAGAUACUUUGAAAAGCUCUCAAUUUACUGUAACCAUUACGCCAGCCUCAUCCCAAUGUCUUUCGUCUUGGGUUUCUACGUGACCGUGAUACUGAACCGCUGGUGGAGUCAGUACACGUCGAUCCCGCUGCCGGACCGGGUGAUGUGCGUGCUCUCGGGCAGCGUACAGGGCGAGGACGAGCGUGGAAGACUGCUGCGGCGCACACUCAUGCGCUACACCAGUCUGUCUGCUCUGCUCAUCCUGCGCUCCAUCAGCACCGCCGUCUUCAAGCGCUUUCCCACCAUGGACCAUGUGGUGGAGGCGGGAUUUAUGACACGGGAGGAGAGGAAGAAGUUUGAGAGUCUGCACUCUCCCUAUAAUAAAUACUGGAUCCCGUGUGUGUGGUUCACUAACCUGGCCGCCGUGGCUCGAUGUGAAGGCCGAAUCAAAGACAAUAACACUUAUAAACUGCUGAUGGAGGAGCUGAAUCAGUUCAGAGAGAAAUGCAGUAUGCUCUUCCACUAUGACAUGAUCAGCGUGCCGCUUGUUUACACACAGGUGGUGACAUUAGCGGUGUACAGCUUCUUCCUGGUGUGUCUGAUUGGCCGCCAGUUUCUGGACCCAAGCCAGGGUUAUCCAGGUCACGACCUCGACCUCUACGUCCCCAUCUUUACCCUGCUCCAGUUCUUCUUCUACGCUGGCUGGCUCAAGGUAGCAGAACAGCUGAUCAACCCAUUUGGUGAGGAUGAUGAUGAUUUCGAAACCAACUGGCUCAUAGACAGGAACUUCCAGGUAUCAAUGAUGGCAGUAGAUGAAAUGUACGGUGAUCUGCCCAAAAUGGAGAGGGAUCGCUACUGGAACGACUCGAACCCUCGGCCCCCCUACACCGCUGCCACGCUCUUCGUCCUCCGCAAACCCUCCUUCCAGGGCUCCACCUUCGACAUGGCAAUUCCUAAGGAGGAGAUGCACUUCCAGCCUCUGGAAGAAAUCGCGGAGAACCUGGAAGAAUCCGCGACUCGCAAUCCCAACUUCACUUUGUUUAACCGACUCCUUAGCUCCACCCCUUCUCCCACCAGCAUUGUGAGUGGAGCCUUCAGAAGAACCUCUACUCAGAUGCAGCGAUUGACCCAAUCGGUCAGCCCUGACUCCUCCUACUCUGAUGGUGAGGAAGGAGAGGUGGAAAGAUACGUCGGGCGGAACGAGGGCGCAGGAGGAUCACUACCGUCGGGUUUAGGAAACGACACCCAGAGCACCACCUGCAGCUGCAGAGGAACCUGCGAUACACACACUCCUUUCUCUGUGCAGGAGUUUAACCUGAGUCAAGCGAUAAACAGUGGACCAGAAAAUGUGUUGAAGAAUGAAAAAGAACCAGCGAUGCUGAAGAUACCUCCAUCUUUGACACGAGUGCGGAAGCAGAAAACGAAGCCAAAGUUUCCACCUUCACCCAACGCCAACCGCUCCACACCAGACUUCUCCUCCUUCCAGACAAUCAGAGACCAGGCUAAGGUCAUGACCCCACCAUUGACCAAUGGAAAUGCACUGUCAGGUAUGAUGCUCUUGACAGUUCCCUCAUUUCCUGAAGCACCACAAUGGGCAUCUGAAGAAUACAAACAGCGCCAGCGCAGCAUCAGCAUGGGCUCAGAUGUCAACUGUUUGUCCAACAAGGCGGAGGAAUGA